UAGCUUCUUCGUAGUCCUGAUUAAUCGAGGUGAUUCUAGAUUUAUCAACCCCUGCAAGUGUUAGCUCGUAAUCCGGUGGAAUCCUGUAAACCCUUCCACUGCCAAACGCCGAAUAAAAAGAUUGCAACGGUGAGCAGCUGCAGGGCCAUAAUUUUUCAUUAAUAACAAAGUUUGCCGGCAUGAACCAAGAAGAUUACCCUAGCGACAGUGAUGCUAGUGACGAGGACUUCCGCCCAGACAAAGAGGAAUCCAAUACCGGAAGUGAAUCGGGUUCGGAGGAUGAUGAGGUUCCGGAAAAUAACGAAGAAAGUAAAGGAACUAAGCGUAAGCGUAAAGGCAGCACAGUACGAGCAAAGAAAGUAAAAGCUGCCAGUAAGGCAGCUGAAGAAACAAACGAGAAUAAUGUCGAUGAACUGGACGAAGAGGAAGAGAAACGAAGGACAGAUGCACUAUGGGCAAGUUUUCUUGGUGGUGACACCAACGCCAAAGAAAGUUCAACUAGCAGCAAAAGCAACAGCAUUUCCGGUGGCACUAGUUCUAAGAAAGAGGAGUUGAAAACAAAACAGACCGUCAAACCGUCCCCUACAUUAAAUUCCAAACCCCAAGAGAAGGAAAAACCCACAGUGGCCCAGCUGUUCGAGUUUGCCGGCGAGCAGGUAGUUGUAUCGGACGAAGGCAGUAAAUCCGACAGUCCUGCCGAUGCCGAGAAAGCGACCAGCAGGCCGGCAGUGUCUGCAGUGUCCAGCUUUCCACGAAGAAGUGGUAGCAGUGGCGGUGGUCUGGGAGCAGUAUUAAAUCAAAUAAAUAAGAAAAAUAAGUUAACCACGUUGGAGAAAACGAAACUCGAUUGGACUAGUUUCAAGCAAAACGAAGGUAUUGCGGAAGAGCUACAAACGCACAAUAAGGGAAAGGAUGGGUUCCUGGAGCGCCGAGACUUUCUCGAGCGUACGGACCUACGUCAGUUUGAAAUUGAAAAAUCGUUUCGGCAAACGAAACGAAGUAACCGAUAAUGAUGAUGCUUUUAAAUCCAGCCUCCCGCAAGUGAAGCUCAGAAUCAUGUUCGCCGAUGCGAUUGAACGUAACAUAUUAUUUCACCCUCGUAACAUACCACUUAUGCAUAAUGGAACAUUUUUAAGAUAAGCUAGCCUACGAAUUCAAUCUUAACUCGUAAUUAUAUGACAAUGAAUGUACCGAAGCACUCAGCCUACAAAGUAAAUAAUAAAGAAAUACAAUUUUAAUAUAGCGAGUUUCUUUUUUAUGCUCCAUCGAAGAGACAUGCUGCUUAAGAAAUAUCUCGAAUAUUAUGACGUUGUUUUAUUUAGCUAUUU